ACUUCCGGUUCGAGUGAGGAGCGAGGAGACUGCAGUUUAGAGCUUUGAGAUGCACCCCGCUCUGCAGGGUUUCAUACGUCGCUUCAGUCUCUGGUCUGAAUUUUAGAUUUGACUCCAGCUCUCCUGAAAUGUAGAUCCUGUUUGUCCUCAUCAAGGCGGACAGGUGGACUCCUCCUCCUCCUCCUCACGGGACUCCGCUCGCCGUCUGGAAGAAAGAUGGCCGGCUGUGGGAACAAGUUUCAGAUGGACAAGGAGGACGCAGAGCUGAGUGGCCGUGAGGAGAGAGAGAGAAGCUCACCUUUGAGGUUUGAAGGUGCUGCCAGUCCAUCACUCAUCUGGGCACAACAGGAGAACGCCACUCACACAGCUAAAGUAGAACGACACGGAUACUCAGGAAGACCAGUAAUCAUACAAAAACAUCGUAUAAUUGUGAGGAUCCCAAAUGACGGCGUGAAACAGAAGCUAAGAGACCACCUGAGGGAAAAGUACACCUUCAUUAAAGAGGGCACAUCAGCCAGUCGGUCUCGUCUGGAGCAGAUCUACACCCGAGUCUUCAUCACUGAACAACAUGAGGAUUACGGCUGCAAACCACACGAGAUUCUAGAUCAGUUGAAACUCCCAGACGACAGAUCUCCAUUUUCCCCCUAUGAAGAAAUCAACUGUCUGAGUAUCUUCAAACCAGGAAGAAAGAAGUCCCAACAGCAGCCUGAAGACCAGAGCCCCAUUCGCAGAGUGAUGACCAAGGGAAUCGCUGGGAUCGGGAAAACAGUAGCGGUCCAAAACUUCGCCCUGGACUGGGCAGAGGGAAAAUCCAACCAGCACAUCGAUUUUCUCUUUGUGCUUCCUUUUCGAGAGUUAAACCUGCUGAAAGAGGCGGAAUACACUCUGCUGCAGCUUCUCCUGCACUUUUAUCCCGAGCUGAGACCGUUUAAAGACGCACAGCCACUUCUUAACUCAAGCUUGCUGUUCAUCUUUGACGGUUUGGAUGAAAGUAGAUUUCCUCUGGACUUUGAAGGGGGUGCGAGGAUAAGUAAUGUGGAUCAACAAGCAGCGGUUAAUGUGCUGCUGACAAACCUCAUCAAAGGGAACCUGCUGCCAGACGCUCUUCUCUGGAUCACCUCCCGCCCCGCAGCAGUCGGACAAAUUCCUUCCAAAUAUAUCGAUCAGAUGACGGAGGUCCAAGGUUUCACUGAGCGACACAAGGAGGAGUACUUCCUGAGGAGGUUCGGUACCUCGGGUCAGGCUGGGGAAGCUCUGUCCUGUGUCAGAGGGAUGAUAAGCUUCCACUUCAUGGGCCACAUCCCAAUCUUUUGUUGGAUCCUAGCCGAGGUCUUCACGAAAGGAUGGAGUGACCAGAGAAGCCGAGGAAUCACAACGAUGACAGAGCUGUAUAUUUAUUAUCUGAUCAUUCAAACCCAAAGAUCGGCAGAGAAAUACGGCGUGACGACGAGCUCCCGUACGAAGAACAAGAAGAAGAAGGCAGCACAGAAAGGCUCCAUGAUUUUCAGUAUUUCCAAGUUAGCGUUUGAGCAGCUGCAGAAGGGAAACAUCAUCUUCUAUGAAGAGGACCUGAGAGAAUGUGGCAUUGACGUUAACAGAGCUGCAGUUUUCUGUGGACUCUGUUCAGAAAUCCUGAAGCAGGAACACGGCCUGUACAAGAAACAGAUGUUCAGCUUUGUGCAUUUAAGCUUCCAGGAGUUUCUGGCUGCACUUCACAUGUUCCACUGCUGCGUGACAAAGGAGAUCCACACCUUACAGUCUUUCCUGGAGGUCGAUCCCACCGACCUCAGCCUGCUUGAGUUGCAAAAAAGAGUCAUUGACAAAGCCUUGAAAAGUGAGAAGGGUCAGCUGGAUCUGUUCUUGUGCUUCUUCCUCGGGUUCUUCCUGGAGUCCAAUCAGACUUUGCUGCAGAGUGUGCUGCCACAGACUCAGAGCAGCUCACACACUGUCCUGGAGAUGAAGAAGUACCUCCGAAACUUUCAUGCAGGAAACAUUGCACAAGAAAGGUGCAUGAAUCUGUUCCUCUGCAAGUAUGAGCUGAGAGAGGAGAGCUUUCAGGCGGAUGUCAGAAGAUAUCUGGACGCGGGAGCAAGACUCUCACCCAUCGACUGCUCGGUGCUGUCCACCAUGCUGCAGAUAUCCGGGGAACUGGUGGAGGAACUUGAUCUCACAGUAUGUAACACACCUCUGUAUGGAGUGGAGAAACUCGUCACGGUGAUGAAGAACAGUAGGAAAGCUGUGCUCAGGAGCCAGCAUCUGAGCAAUGACUGCCUUGAUAUUCUGCUCUCCAUUCUUCAGUCAUCAGACUCACUUCUGCGAGAACUUCACCUGAUGUGUUUUGCUAAUGCUAACGUUCCUCUUCCUCACUUGGUCUUGGAUGUGCUUGGUGAUCGGAACUGUAAACUGGAGACACUGAGAUUGUCCAGGUUCACUUUAGAUUUCAGACAUUGUCACAUCUUGGCCUGCAUCCUUCAAUCAAAGCAGUCCUCACUGAGAGCCCUGGACCUGGCUGACUGCAUAUACAGUUAUCAGCAGGAUUACAGCAAGUAUUUUUCUGAGGAGUUGGAGGCUCAGGUGGAAUAUGAAGAUUUCACUGAUGACAUAACUCUGCUGACUUUUAUUCCUGCUGGUUUGAUUGGUCCACUCUGUAAACUGGAAGAGUUCAGCAUGCCUGGUUGUCGCCUCACAAACAAAUGCUGUCAAGUGUUCGCCUCAGUUCUCAGCUCAAACUCCCAGCUGCGAGAGCUUGACCUCAGCCGUAAUGACCUGCAGGAUUCAGGAGUGCUGCUGCUCUCUGCUGGACUUGGGAGUUCCACAUGUAGGCUGGAAAAACUGAGGCUGUCAUAUUGUGGGAUCACAGAAGAAGGCUGUGCUUCUCUGGCCUCAGCUCUGAGGUCCAACCCCUCCCAUCUGAGAGAGCUGGACAUGAGCUACAAUCAUCCAGGGGAGGCAGGGGUGAGGCUGCUCUCUGAGAGACUGCUGGACCCAGGAUGCAGACUGGAGAGACUCAAUGUCGACCAUGAUGAAGAGCUCUGGAUUAACAUGCAACUUCUGAACAAGUAUGCUUGUGAUCUCACACUCGUCCCCGACACUCUGCAUAAAAAGCUUGUCCUCUCUGAGGGUGAGAAGAAAGUUUCUUCCACUGAAGAAGAGCAGCCAUAUCCUGACCACCCAGAGAGGUUUGAUCAAGUGAUGCAGGUGCUGUGUAGGGAGGGUCUGACUGGACGCUGCUACUGGGAGGUGGAGUGGACGGGAUUUGUGGGUGUUGGUGUGGCAUAUAAGAGCUUAGAGAGAAAAGGACACUUGUUGACAGAUAUUCAACUUAGCAACAAGGCCUGGAUGUGCACUGUCAGUGUGUGGAAUGGGUAUUCUUUCUUUCAUGGGCGAAGGGAAACUUUUAUUCCUGUCCCAUUCAUUAACGUAAAAGCAUUUCUGGCCAGAAGGAGAAGACUGGGACUGUUUCUGGACUGGAUUGCCGGGAUGCUCUCUUUUUAUUCGCUGUCUGGAGACAAGAAAACCCUUCUUCACACAUUCCACACCACUUUCACCGAGCCUCUCCACCCAGUCUUCUCUGUUCAUGUUGGAUCUGUGACCAUUUCCACAGCAAAGAUGUUGAGAAUGGAUAACGCCAAGUUGAGCUUCACACCUGAGGUGAUACCAGAGAGACUCGGGGUUUCCUACAGAUUCCAGUUUCCAGGUGCAGGUGUGUUUGAGUGCUCUUUGACUGGGCUGGUGUUUAAAGUGACCCAUGAAGGAGAGGUCACAUACAAGACCCUGAUCUGGGAUCAAAAGCUCCUUGAACCAGCUCGCAAAGUGCCCGGAGGACCGCUGUUUAGCAUCAGGUGUCCUCAGGACUCCAUCUGUCAGCUGCACCUCCCUCACUGUGAACCUGAACCCGGUCUGGUCUCUGAGGCCCUCUGUGUAGUCCACAUCACUGAGGAUGGCAUGAGCAUCAUAAAGCCGCUGGAAAUCACUGAUAGUCACGUGGUGGUGGAAACUCCUCACCUCUCCGCCUUUGGCAUCGUCUAUGAUCUCAUCCAGAGGUUCAGGACUUUCAUGAACAAACCAGUGUGUGGCCAAGUCCUGCUGUUCCUGCGCCGAGCCUACAGGGGAGUGAACCUCAUCCUCAGCAUGAUCCUGCUGCCCAGUAACGUACCUCUGCAGGAGGUGAAAGCACAAUAUGAAAAGUGUGAGUACAUCCAGGCCCCCUCCUACUGCCUGCUCCAUAAAACCCAACACUACAGCCUCCAGACUGAACCCGAGGGCUUCACCGUCCAGCCUCAUAGCGCGGUGUUUUUUGAAAACUACGGGCCUAACUUCCACGCACUGUUUGAGGUCACCCUGACCACGAGCACAGAGGAGGUGACUCUGAUGGUGAGAGAUCCGGAGGGAACGCAGGUGUGGGUGCACAGCCUCCAUCUGCCAGCGUUGUCUACGGAUGAUGAUGAGAAAGUGCCGUCGAGGAGGAGCCGUACUUCAGCAGAGGAGAAGCUGCAGCGAGCUCGGACGCAGUUCAUCGACAGAGUGUCGGACCCAGUCCUCAACAAGAUGCUGGAUGAACUUCUGCUGUACAAAGUUCUAAGUGAUGCAGAGAGUGAGGCGUCCAGGGUCAAACCGCGCGCAGAUAAAGCACGAGAUGUGAUCGACAUGGUGCGCAAGAAAGGAGGCGAGGCGAGUUUGAAGAUGAUCACCAUCUUCUCCAGCAAUGAUCCUUUCCUCUGCAGAGACCUCAGCUUGGCCUGACGCUGAGGAGCACCGUGCUGUGCUGCCAAAACGUCUCUGACUUCAAUGGACAAAGUGGGAAAAUGUGCUGACUGCAGUGAAGAAUUCGAGGUUCAUGGAGAGUAGGAGGACUCAGAGGAUUCACACCACUUCACUGUUCUCCAGAGAACAGCUCGGGGACACAAACUGAACUAAGUCUUCAAGCUGGCGUCAAAGAUACACACUAACAGCCAGAUUCAAGUCGUCAUAGUAGCAAACAUGGAACAUGACCUCAGGUGACACCCUGCAGCUGAUCUGAGGAGCUGAAGUUACACCUGAAGCUUAAAGCUGAACACAGAGGGAGGGGGUCUUGGAUGGAGGUCGGUCCAGGACUAACAGAAUGAAGUGGGGAUGAAUGCAUGCAGGCUCCCAUGAUGUGAUGCGUACACUGUCACCUGCAUGUCUUCACUCUGUGUUAUUAGACAUCAGACUUCACUGUGGUGCAGGCAGUAACCCUGAACACGCUGGUCCUGACCUCAGAUGACUCCAGACCCUGUCACCGUGGUUCUGUAGGUUAGAGGAGAAUCAGCUUUGUGAUGCUGAACCUCAACAGACCCUCUGACCUCUGACCUUGCUUUGAGCUUCACCCCUCCGCUCUGUUUGUGAGCCCUCUCCUCAUUGACUCUUAGCCUGACUGAAAAGCUCUGGCUGCAUCGUUCAGAUCUGUGACCACACGGUCCUGCACGGUCCUGAGGCUGGAGGUCCAGCACAGGGAGGGGGCCGGUUUGUGAUCAACAGAAAGUCAGGCUAGCUUUAAUGUUGUUGUUUUGUAUGGUUUGUGUGUAACUUUAUGUUUCUAAGAUUGUUCCUGUUGUUGUUUUUAACUAUUGUUCUUGGAAGUAAAUAAAUGUAUUAUUAUUC